AGCUGCACACUGUCUGGUUGAGCCUCGGGGCCGGUUCAAACCCUGACCUGCUAAUCCGCAGUACUGUGACUCUCACAUGAUGCUGGAAUGCCGUUCCAUGGCCUGCUCUCAUUGUGAUUCACUCCCUUCUUCUUUAGCCCUUCAGUCGACCAGCAUCCCUCCCUGACAGUCUGGAGCACAGAGAGAGUCCACUCCCGGUAUUUGGGAGGUAUGGGGCGGUUUCCGUCUUUUGGUAGAUUUCUCUUUUUCUGGGAGCGGAGGAAUCAUUUCCAGAAUGGAGAGAACAAGCCUCUUAUUUCAAAGGGAGUUAUAAGAAAUGCAGAAGGUGCCUCAUCUGUCUCGUAUCUGGGAACGCACGACAGUUCAGGAAGUCAGACGAGCUCGACUUUAUCCAGCCAUGAAGAGUCAACCGCUUCAUCAAGGAACGUCUUCACCUCACAAGCACUCAGUCCGCUCAGCUGGAGUGACUACAUCUUCAAGUAUCUCCUGGUCACGAGUAACCUGCUCUUCACUCUUCUUGGUCUGGUCACGCUGGUCGUGGGCCUCUGGGGCCUGAUCAACAAAGAGUCCUUCGCUCAGGAGAAGAUCAGCAGUAUCGGGACGGACCCCAUGCUGCUCUUCUGCUUCCUGGGUCUCGUUCUGGCCCUGCUGAGCCUGAUGGGAUGCGUGGGGGCACUGCGGGAGAACAUGUGUCUGCUUCAGAUCUUCUCAGCUGCAGUCUUGUUCCUGGUGGUGGCACAGGUUCUGGUGGCGGUUGUGUUGUACAGCCUGCAGGGUCAGAUCGUGGAGUACUUGCGCUCGGGCAUGUUGGCCGCUAUGGUGCGGUACCAGGACGACCUGGACCUGAGGUUCAUCACUGAUGAGAUCCAGACGGGCCUGCAGUGCUGCGGGGCUGAUACCUACAGAGACUGGGAAAUCAACGUGUAUUUCAACUGUUCGGCUCCAGGGGUCCAGGCGUGCGGAGUGCCCCCCUCAUGCUGUAUAGACCCUCUAGAGAACGGGACAGUGUGGAACACCCAGUGUGGAGUCGGUGCCCAACAGCUGGACGAGUUCUCGGCUCAGAGCGUGAUCUUCCUGGGCGGCUGUCUGGGCAGCAUCUGGCGUUGGAUCGAGCAGCACAGUGGAGUGAUUGUUACGGUAGUCAUCAUUGUGCUGGGGGUCCAGAUACUCACUCUGUUCAUAACGGCCCGUCUGCUGCAGAAGAUACGGUGGAGCAGAGCUCAGCAUGAUGUGUACUUACAGUCACUGCAAUGAAUGGAUUCAGAUGUUUCCAAUAACAGGAUACUGUGCCAUGGGGAUUUUGAACCAGCCUGUAUUUAAUGAAUUCAUUGCAUUUGACAUCUGGAGAUGUUAAGUUGUUUAUUCUGAAGACAAACAGUCCAGGAAUUUCAUGAUAGCAUGUAAAAUCUUAAAGGCAUUACAAGGAUUUAAUUGGUUUUCAUUGUUUGUAAAUGUUUUCAUUAAAUAUCUAUUUUUAGUGGGUCAAGCUGGUAAAAAGUACAAUAUUUGCACACUUCAACCGCAAUAUAUAAUGCAACAAUAGGAGCGCUAUAGUGAACCUUAUCAAUUUCCGUCAUGUAGAUGAAACUGUUCGCCAAAAUAACUAUCUAGGAAAAGUUAACAUAUUAAUAGUUAACGUCAAACGUAGGCCUAAGUGUGAAAGUAUUUGAGAAUGGGUGUUUAUUUUGUACAAUACAAAACAUUUAAAAUGUGUUUAAGUGUGGUUUGAUUUAAUGAAAUA